UCUCUCACAUCUGUUCACUUAAGCUUAUGACAACCAUCUCUAAUUAGCUAUUUGAAGGCUAAAGAAAUUUCAUGUGUAAGGUGCUCUACAUUAGGAGAGAUUAAGUUACACUAUUGUCCUCGUCCUUCAAAAGCUUGAAAUGGAACUGAGCACAACAUACUGGUACACUUGGCCAAAUGAUUUGGUGGGUGAAUUUUACGUUGGCGUCCAUGAUGGAUGGCACUACCGGAGACUUAAAAUGGAGGCAAGAUUCUUGAAAUGCAUCUUGCGUGUAUUGACCGAGUAUUCACUCCCCGAGUCUUUAAGGAAUCACUUCUUCUUCAUAAAUAAUCAAGUAAAUGAUAUGUCUACGAUUUGCUGUAAUUUUAAGAAUAAUAGGCUUUCUGCUGGUCACGUUAGUAUAGAGGGUAACUUUGUACGAAAAGUUAUUCAACCAAAGAUCAGGGAAAUUCUUGUCCUUUUAUGGAAGUCAAGGAAGCCGUGGGGGAGGUAUUGUGUUGAUAUGUUCAGUAUUGUCUCAUAUACUUUGGAGGAUUUGGUCAAAUGCAUGGCUGAUCGUCUUGCUCCUGAUCUACUUGAGAAAAUGAAGUCUCUUUCUUUCAAGCUAACAUUCGAGAGAAGGUUCCGUUGGUCCAUUGGAGAUGGGUUUGUUAAGCGCGAAAACAACAUAGAUAUCUGGCAGCAGUUUACCAGUGACAUAUCUUAUUCAGUGGCAUGCCUGAAUUGUUUGUAUUGGCUUGAUGACAUCCCCCAAGAAAUUGCCCAGGGAUUUGAGCGACAUCUUUCUUCAUUGAUUAGAAGGUGUGAGGAUGCAAUCCAGAUUGAUGCCAGAGAGGUUCUUAUCCGUCUGCAUAAAGCUUCAGAGCUGUUGUUGACUUUUGAUACUUCAAUAAACGAUCUUCCAUUAUAUUUUGUGGACUUUGUCCUAGACAGUGUGGUUGAGUUAUGCAAUUCUAAGGAAAAUUCAAAGUUUCCAGCCAAGGGUCUGUCUGAAACUCUGCAAUAUCUGGGGACUUCAAUAGCUGAUCGGUUAACACAGAGCACUAAGAAUGUUAGAUUGAAAGGACGGGAAGCAAUAAGAAGGAUAGAUGUUUUACGAGCUGAAGUUAUGGAAAAGGAAGCAGAGGCAACCAAUCACUCUUUUGCUAUCAAUCCAAAGGUAUUUUAUGGAUUUCUUACUAUUUGCCAUAAUUUAUUUAUUUUGGGUAAUAAAUGUGAAAUAUUACCAUACUAACAACCAAAUUGAUACACCCAAAAGAGCACCUAGAACUUUAACCCCCUUCUAGAAAGGUUGUUAAUAGUCAGCUGGGCCUCAAAGAAAGAACAGCUAAUUACAUAAUUUGUGGAAUAACACUC